CCUAAUAUUUCUGCCUUGUUUUCGCGUUCAGUAACUUUUUUGCUCAAAAUUCCCUUGUACAUAAUGUACAUAAGCUAUAUCUAUGUACCUAAUUAAAAUACAAAAUCUGCCCAAAAAAGUCAUGGAUCAUAAUAAUACCACAUUAAAAUGAGUCGAAGAUCAAGCUAAAUUAAAAUAAAACUAACCCAGUUAUUAAAAUUGUUCAAACAAAAUUUCUUCAUUCUUCCUCUUUAUUGUGUUUCAAAAAAUCAGUUUUUCGAUUAAAAGCUAUUUUUUAAGUAAGCGGCAAAAUUACGGUAAUGUUUUAUUAAAAAUGAAUAUAUUUUGUUUUGUCUAAAAUGCUCAACUCAAUUUUAGUUAAAAGAAAAAUGAAAAAACUUUUUUUGAACCUGAACAAAUAUUUAAUUGUUUGACGUUUAUUUUUGUUUUUCUACUCGUACUUCUCUUUUAUUUUGAAAUAUUUCACCUUUCGAGAAUGAAACAGGUGAUCACUGUGUGUAAAAAACCUUACCUUGUAACAUCAUGAAUGGAAAACAAAAAAUCUACUACUUUAUAAUUAAACACCAUUUGCUGCACUCAUGCACUUGACCGUGAUCGGGUCCAAUGCAAUACUUGAUUAAAGAAGUUGCGUUCAACAAACAGAAUCAGAAAUCGUGUUGGUAAAUUCUUUAUUAACAUCAUAGGAGAGGGAGGAAAUGAAAAUUUCUUACAAUAACAUUUUCCCACGUCCGCAUCAACCAUAACUCCUCGUAAUAACCCAUUUUGACCACUUUAAUUCCAGUCUUCACAAAUCUUUGAUGAAAAAUUAAUCCAAUCUAAAUCCCAUUUUAUUGGACAGACACGCCCGUUUUCAAGUAAAAAUCUAACUAUAAAAGGCAAAGUUGGAACAGUUGGGACAUUAUCUUUCCACAAUGCCCAGCAUAAUCGACAUCAGUUUCAAAAUCAACAUAAACGUUCUAUGUCUCGCCGGCCUUUAUCUGCCAGACAAAUUCAAGUCCUUAUACCGAGUGUACACUUAUCUGGUUUACGUUUUCAUCGUAAUACCAGUCCCAACUUUGGGAUGUGUUUAUCUGCUAGCCCAAGAAAAAAUCACAUUUAGACAAAUCGCAGACAACUUGUUCCUAAUCGCAGAACUGGGCUGUUUCAUUCCAAAAUACUGGCCCUUAGUACGACAUGCUGAACGCAUCAAGCGAUGCAUUCACUACUUCAGUGCCCCAAUCUUCAAAACAGACCGAAAAGAACACCAAGAAAUUCUAGAUGAUUGUAUUAAAGUUUGCCACCAAUGGUCAGCCUUCUAUUUCGCUUCGGUGACUGCAGGGUUUGUUAGCUGGUCAAUUAGGCCCAUUUCGUGGGAAAACCAUAUUCUCCCAACCGAUAUCUGGCUGCCGUUUGAUCCGCACACAGCAUCAAGCGCAAAAGUGGCCUCAGUUUACUUUUAUUUAGUUUUGGUUUCAGGAUAUGACUCUUUUACGAGCGGGGCUAUAGACACGUUGGUGCCUUGUUUGGCUUAUCAUGCCACCGCUCAGAUUAAAAUACUCAAAAAUAACUUGCAACAUUUGGGCGAAUACGUGGACGAAGAGCUUGCUUCACUGGAGCCGUGCAGAAAGGCACAACUUACGUACCAAAAAAUCAGACAAUGUGUCAUCCACCACGAACAUAUUCUGGCGUUCGUUGAAGAAUAUGAAGAAUGUUUCUCUCAAGUUGCUUUGAGCCAGUUUGUGGGAGCGGUGGUCAUUUUCUGUGUGUCUUGUUUACAGUUGACUAUAGUCGAGGUAGUGAGUUUGGAUUUUUUGGCGAUGAUGAUGUAUUUCAUUGCAAUGCUGUGUCAAGUCUACCUUUACUGUCACUUUGGAACUAUUCUUUACGAUGAGAGUGACACUAUUAGCGAUGCCAUUUAUUUAAGUAAAUGGUACGAAUUCGACAAAAGGUCCAAAAAAGCGCUGUGCAUUUUAAUGGAGCGUUUGAAAAGACCUAUGACUGUUACUUGUGGAAAAAUUUUUACUAUGUCACUCGUCACAUUCACAAUGAUACUCCGACGCGCAUAUUCGUUAUUAGCUGUAUUAGAAAAUUACAAUAUUGAGUUAAACUAAUUAAAAAAAAGAAAAAUACUGUAGUUA